AUGGAGGACUCCAUGGCAGGAUUACGAUUUAGCGGCCAGUUUAGGCCGGGGACAGAAGGGGGCAACUUUGCAGAAUUUAGUGGUUGGCCUAUGGUUGAAACCAGUCAGCUUCAACUCUACUUUAAAACAACAGCCUUAAAACUGGCUUUGCUGGCUUACCAGGACACUGGUGUAGAUGAUCGAUCCGGCCACAAAGGCUACCUUGAAGUAUCAUUGUUGGCUAAUGGACAUGCUCGACUGAAGGUAGUAGGCGAUACAUGUUCGCCUUUCCAGGUCCAAAUUCCCAGAAGUUUCUCAGAUGGUUCUUGGCACAAGCUGACAAUUUCAAGAAAGGAUUUACAGCUCAAUUUUAGCGUGGGUAACAUCUCAGCUCCUUCCAUCAACUGCGUCCAAGCCCCCAAGCUCGCUGGACCGACCGGCAAGGCGAAGAAAUCUCUUUUUAUUGGAGGGAUUCCGGUUUUAGACUCGCAAGGGAAUCCCACUUUUGGAAAAUGGUCUCUCACUGGGCUUCCAAGCAAAGUGACGGGAGAAAACAGGUAAGCUGAGAGAUGUGUAGUGAUUGCACCUGUAGAUAUAUUAUACACGCGCCUUCCUCUAGGCACGUGUGUGAUCAUCUUUCCUUUUAUAUAUAUCUAGUCGGAUUUUUGAAAACCUUACCGCAAAGAGGACCGUUCGAGUCCAACAGUAUUUUUUCCGGCCAAAGUAGGCAUUAUAAAAACUAAGAGUGCAACUAUUGUUUUUUAUCCUCUUCUCCUCCUUUUUUCUUCCUCCUGGCUUUUUCUUUUUCUCCUUUCCUUAGUGUGAUUUGGGGAUUAUCAGGCCCAAGAAAGCUACCUUUUGACGCCUUUUCACUCAAAUGACGGCUAGAUAUAUAAUCAAAUCUGUUGUCAUAGACACAUUAAAUUUUGGAAGUUUGAAAAGUGUUUUAGAAAAUAGAUCAUACAAAUAAGAAGGUUUAAGGAUGUCAUCCUCAAAGAAUAACGUUUGACCCCUGGUUGAGUUUGGUCUUUACGAAGUCCACCUAGUUAAGUGGAGAGUAUUAUGUUUAUCGGUUUUUUUGACAGAAUAAAUCGAUCAGGAAUACAACGAAAAAUUUUAAUAAGGUAUAACUCCACAUGGCCUUAGACGAUUGUAGCAUCUUGCCUGACAUACAGUAGACGUUUGCGUGAGAGUUGUUGAAACCUGUGACCACAAUUGAUCUAUUCACUGAAGUCCACACUGCACGGCUUGGAUCGCCAAACUUGAGGUGGUUGCAAUGAAUUUUUUCCGAUCUUCAAGCAGGGCAGCUGAUAAUACUUGCUUCAUACUUCAAGAUUCGCUCGAGUCAGUUUAAUGCCACCAUGAUUAUAUCAAGGCGCAAGCUUUCAUAUCUCACUUUAUGUUUAUUAAUUAUUGAUAUUGAAUGCGAAAGUCUAUGACCAUUUUCUACAAAUGCUGGUGCGUUUUUCAAAUGCUAUCAGUUAUAAUAACAUGUGAAACCUCUGUGAGAAAUGCAAUCUUUAUUGAACCAAAAUCUGCGCUGUUUUAAUGGUCUGCAAAACAGUGAGAAAAUAACGAGGAGAAGAUAUUUUCCCAAGGUGACGCACGAAUUUCUAAUGUAUUUUCAUAUCAGUGUAAUCAAGAGGACUAAAAUUCCAUUAUUAUGUUUUAUUCAUUUUUAAAGUUAACUUUUGUGAAAAUAAAGAAAAUAGUUUCUGUUUUAAUGGAUCGCAAAAGCCAAGCAACUAAGUUGGAUUUCAAAGUCUAAACGAGAGCCGGGAAUUGCAGCACCCAUUUUGGCUUUUGAAGUUAUCCUGUAAACUGUAAGUCAUAUAUAUUAUGAUACAAUAUGGCUGAAUCUGCGAGCGGGUAAGGUGAGGCGAAUCCUGUGUUCUGCUUGGCUACUUGAGCAGGCAAGAUGGACCCAUCUUGCCCGCUAGGGAUUUCCCGCGUUAGUCCCGCAAGAAAACGUUAUCUUUAUGGCCAUGUAAUAAAUCCUUCAUUGCCCAACCUUGUUCGGUCAAGAUGACUGGAUAUUGGGCUGUGAUUCUUGUUUGUGUUUUUAUGGACCGAGACAAAGUUUCAGCCAUCUUGUCCUCACCCUUGGUAAAUAACGAAUAUGUACUGCACUGUAGAUGAGUAGAAGACGAGUAAUAGACUUUAUACACCAUACCCGCCAUCUCUGUACGCGCUUUAGGACUGAUAGGAUAAAUACAAUGUCAAGUGGUAUUUCAGGGAACAAAAAAGUAAUGAAAUUUGCCAAUACGGGUAAUCACAGUCGAGUUUGUUUAUAUUUUAUCAAGACGGGGCGACAGUUUUAGUCUUGCAAAAUGUACAAAUUGCGUUUCGACUACUUUUACUUCAGUAUUGCUUCCUGUGAGAGCAUCUACCGUCCCUUCUGCAUCUAGAAAAGAAACAAUGAUCACUUUCACACGGUAUAAUUUUUCAUUAUCAUCUUUAAGGUGAAACUCGACCGCGAUUUCUUACAUUGGCAAAUUUUAUCUCUUGUUUGCCUCCUGAG